GGGGCAAAACAAAGAACGUAAAUGCUGAAGCAAGGAACGAGGAAUCGAUUCAGAUUGAGAGUCGGAGUCUGAGGAAGCGGCGAAAGAGAGAGUCUCUUCUUCCGUCCAUGGUGAUAUGACAUGGAGGGAGGAGAGACUAGAUACUGCGAUAUGGAUUUCUUCGAACUGGCCAAGAUCAUCUUCACCAGGGUGCAAAAGCUGGAGCCUGAGAACGUUGUCAAGAUCAUGGGAUGCAUCUUCCUGAAGGAGCCGAGCGGGCUGGAGAUGCUUCAGCUUGCAUUCGGCCCCGACACCACGUUGCUCUCCAAAGUGAUCGACGCCAAGAUCAUGCUUGGCAUCUUGUCCGGCAAGCCGAUUGCUUCUUACCUUACUUGGGGAUCCCACGCCUUCUCCUCCCCCACGAGUCUUCAUGUUCCGCUACCCUACGAUCACCAUCCUCCACCCCACAACAUCGAUCUCGUCUCGCGAGCGUACGCUGAAUCCAUUGCCGACGAGUCCUCACUCUACGGUCAACCUCCGCCGGCGGACCAACUCGAUGCCACCAACCACAUCGGUAACUACCACUACCCGGACGCCCCACUGGGUGGUGGCGUGGCUUUAAGGAGCAGCAGGAGAUCACACAGCCUAUCCGACUUGCCCAUCAAGGCUUGCCAUUACUUCAACAAGGGCUACUGCAGGCAUGGAAUGAACUGUAGAUACUCGCAUGCCCAGUCCGCUCCUGAUGGCUACUAUCCUCAUGUACUCACCGCCAACAUGACUGACUACCCGAACGACGACGUCCCAUUCACGCCCAAGUCGCUCGAGAAUCUGGAAAUGGAGAUCACUGAGCUCCUGAGAUCGCGGAAAGGAACGCCUGUCUCGACUGCCUCCUUGCCCUUGCUGUACUUCGACAAGUACGGGAAGAACCUGCAGGCGGACGGGUACCUCACGGAGAGCCAGCGUCAUGGGAAGUCUGGCUUGAACUUGACGAAGUUGUUGUCCCACUUGAAGAAGAGCAUUCGGCUCAUCGAGAGGCCACAUGGACAACACUCGGUAGUACUAGCAGAGGAUGCUCAGAGAUACAUGGACUGCAGGAACGAGAGAAGUGACUCAGGUUCUACGGUUUCAAGCUCUCAUCAGAUUUAUCUUACAUUCCCAGCAGAAAGCACCUUCUCCGAGGAUGAUGUUUCCAACUACUUCAAGCAAUACGGUCAAGUGCGUGAUGUUAGGAUCCCUUGUCAAGACAAACGCAUGUUUGGGUUCGUCAGCUUUGUCCAUCCUGAGACUGUCAACAUGAUUCUUACGAAGAGAAAUCCUCAUUACAUAUGUGGAGCUCGUGUAUUGGUCAAGCCAUACAGGGAAAAAUCUAGAGUCAUCGACAGAAUGUACUCGGAGAAGAUGAAGCCAUGGACUAAUUACCCUUCACGUUAUGUGGGGAUGGAUCAUGAUGUGCAUUCUGUGACUCGAGAAGGUGAUAGUUCAAGCUUGCUUAGAAAUAAUCUAAUUGAGAAGGAAAUGAUGAUGGAGCAUCUCUCUGGAUUGAACUUGGCACCCAAGAGAUUGACACAGCAACAUUACUUGACUCAUGGCAUGGAAGACAUGAAAGUUGCAGAAGUUCCCAGUGACUUCUUCCUAGAUCAUUUCAGCUAUCCAUUUGAUGCUAUGAAUAAUGGAUCCACAAGUGAUGACAAAGCCAGGCAAACAAGCAACCCAUUCAGUGACCAGGAAAGUAGCGUUGAACUCCCGGAGAGCCCUUUUGCAUCUCCACCAGUAGGAAGCAGCAUUUCUGCAGUCAUAUGAACACUCUGAAGAGAACAGGGAAUGGAAGCUUGCCAUUCCAUCAAUGAUUUGGUACAUUGUCUGAAUCAAU